UAUUCUUUUCUUCUGUCUGGCUUUGCUCCUUUCCUUUACAGUACUCCACACUUGUCUGGAGGAGGAAAUGGAGCCUGCCUUUCCCAGUGACAGAAAAAUGGCAGCUGAUUUCCUUAUGCAUGAGAAGAUCUGGUUUGAUAAAUUCAAGUAUGACGAUGCUGAGAAGAGGUACUAUGAACAGAUGAACGGGCCAGUUGCCAGUCCUUCAUGCCAACAGGAGAACGGAGCCAGCACGAUCCUACGCGACAUUGCCAGAGCCAGGGAGAAUAUCCAGAAAUCGCUGGCCGGACGCAAGACCAUUCUGGAUAGCCCCCAAGAAGCCCCACCUGCCCAGUCCAAGAGAAAGUCAGGUCGCCUGACUAGUGCAAGCACGACUUCUUCAGCUGGGCCUGCUGGUGACCAAAAUGAGCUCGUCACCAGAAUAGCUAACCUGGAGGUGGAGAACCAAAAUCUCCACAGUGUUGUUGCAGAUCUUCAGCUGGCCAUCUCCAAGCUGGAAACUCGCCUAAACACACUAGAAAAAUGCUCCACCUCUCACCAUCCCUCAGCAACGCCGCCAACCCAGCAUGUCACCCCAAUGAAGAAGGUGGAAUCACCUGCUGCUCCCUCAAAGAAAGUGGAACUCCCUUCUGCUCCACCUGCAAAGAAAGUAGGACCAUCCGAGGCUGACGACGAAGAUGAGGAUGAUGACAUUGACCUAUUUGGCAGUGGGGACGAAGAGGAAGACCAGGAGGCUGCCAAAGUUCGGGAAGAGCGACUACGCCAGUAUGCGGAGAAGAAGUCUAAAAAGCCUGGCCUCAUUGCCAAGUCUUCCAUCCUUCUGGAUGUCAAGCCUUGGGACGAUGAAACUGACAUGGCAAAGAUGGAGGACUGCGUCCGGUCCAUUCAGAUGGAUGGCCUGGUUUGGGGAGCCUCCAAGUUGGUUCCAGUGGGCUAUGGUAUUAAGAAGCUCCAGAUCCAGUGCGUAGUGGAGGAUGACAAGGUUGGAACAGACAUACUGGAGGAGGAGAUCACUAAGUUUGAAGACUACGUGCAGAGUGUCGACAUAGCGGCUUUCAACAAGAUCUAAGAGCUAACGUUUAUCCUUUCUGGAACUGUAACUAAUAAAAGGUCAAGAUUUUGAGUGCA